CAGGCAUAACAGAGACAGACAUGAGCCCAUUAAAAUGAACAGAACACAACACAACAAUUGCGAACAAAGAAAGAACCUUUUGCUUUUCUCUCUCCGAAAAGGACAGAUUCUCUUUCUCUCUCUAUCUCUGUGCCUUUUAUCUUUGUUUUUUUAUAGGAGAUCGUUCUUCGUCUUCUUCCCACUCACACACUCAGUGUUGGUGAGAUGGGUAUGUCAUGGCUGUGCUGCUGAGAAUGGCUCAGCCUCACAAUGGCAACACCAAUAGCACUGCGAACCAGCAAUUGGUCCUUCAUGACUUUCUGGGUAUGAAGCCCGCCGCCGAUUCCCCCCAAACCGCCGAUGUUAGGUUUCCGGAGCCGUCCGCCUCCGCCUCCUCCGCCGGAGGACGCGGCCCCUUCUCCGCCACCUCCGACAUCGCUUCCGAGAAACAGAUAGGAAAUCAUCUCGAGGGAGUUCCAUUCUAUGGCCCGAGGAGUGAUUUUUCUGGCACUGAGAUAAGCAACAGAUUAGUGGGAAACAAGAGAAGUAAUUCUGAUUCCACUUUUAUGGGUUCCUCCAGAGAUGCCUUGCAAAUGGUCCCUGAUUCCUUUCAAAACUCACAUUUGAUGAAGGUUCUCCGCAGUGCGGCUGAAGGAGAAAGGUCACAAAGGCCCAAUGACGAUGAAGUGUUACUUGGUAUGCAGUCAAUGAAGCCAUCCUCUUCUCAGAUAUUUCAGCCUCCCACCAGCACUAAGAUUGAUGCCAAUAAAUGGGAACGAUCUAUUCUCAUGAAUGUUGGCCCUUCCAUGCAGCAUCCACUGCGUGGGGCGCAAUUGGCACCUUUUGUGCACCAAAUGGCUUCAAGCAAGAUUAGGGAUUCCAACGCUGGCCCUUCAUUCAUCUCUCAGUCAGCUGCUGAUGAAGGAUCUAGAACGGGAAUCAAGGGCCCUGGAAUUUUAAGUUCUAUAAACGCAGCUGCUACAGCCACUGAGAAAACUAUUCCAUCUGCUGUGAUGCUUGGUGGCAGCAGGCCAAAGCCUGGAACUAAUAUAAUAGAAUCAUCCACACCUCCAAGCAGUCAACAUGGGUUAACUUCUGCCUGCCGCCAGAUGACUAUUUUUUAUGGAGGCCAAGCUCAUGUUUUUGAUGAUGUCCACCCUCAUAAGGCAGAUGUUAUAAUGGCUUUGGCUGGGUCAAAUGGAGGAUCUUGGUCCACUGCAUUCUCUCCUAAAUCUGUUGUAAAGAUGGUUAGUGAUGGUAACUUGCAUGGUGGAGAAAAUGAAACAGGUCUAGUUAGUAAUGUGGCAUUCCCACAGGAGCUUCAUGGGAAAUUGUCUAUUACUGGCAGUUCUAGCCAUGCCAUCGGGCUUGGUGAUCGAGUAACUACUCCAGCAGGGGCACACCAAGGAAGCGUUUUUGCAAAAGAUACAAGAACUUUGGUCCAACCACCAGAUCCCAGUUCUGAAGACAAAAGACCACAGUGAUAGUAGUUUGAGGCUGAAAGAUUUUUGUCUUCCUAUUUAUUGGAAGGCUCAUCCUGAUUCCUGUUGGGGUAUCAUCCACUUUGACAAAUUUUCUUUCAACUCCACCCCUCCCAAUUCGGUCUUUUCUUCCCCUUUUUUCAAUGUAUGCGGGGAGCAAGAGUAGGAUGGUUGUUUAAAGAAGCCUGAUAGAUAUAUCAAGAUAAUUUAUGAAGUGACGUUAGGAAUAUCUUUAUUGCAGUUUCUAAACAGUCAACUUAUUGAGUUAUUAUUAGGAGUAGUAGUAGCUAUGCUAGUCUUGUGCGUCCAUUUAAACACUAUUAAAAGAUACCACAGGAUGAUUAAAGAAGGUGAAAAUUUUAGUCUAAUUCGACUUGUGAUCA